UUGACGUCUUCCCGAAUUUUUCUUUCACACAAUGAUUGUUUAUUUUUAAGUUCAAUGUGAAAAAUCCGCAUUUUCCCUCAUUUCCCCCCAUUUAAUUUCCCCACAAACGGGUACGUGAGUGUCGUGAGGAUAUAAUGUUGUUUAAGGAUAAAUCCAUAAAGCAGGGUGUUGUGGGGAAAUACGUGAAGAAAGAUACUCCCCCCGAUAUUCCAGUUAUUAAUGUCUGGACAACGGAGGAGACGAAGAAUAAGGCAAAAGCACGGAGGAAUAGUCAGCAACUGAGUGAAGCGAAUAUUUCGCAGAAUUUUGCCGGAAGUCGGGGUCAACUGCAGAAUGCGGUGUUUGGGAAUGGGAAGAAUUUGACCAAUAAGCAAUCCACGGGGUUGGGGCACGAGGGGAAGUACACACCGAACCCUCAGAUUAGUAGUAGUAUGGUUAAUGUGCCACAGAGGAUGUCCCCGGGGAUUGUUGGGGCCGGAGAAUUGGGGAGGAAUAACAAUUUUGCCAGCUUGUAUCAAUUGAUGCAGAGUGAGAACGAUCGGAGGACUUCCACGCAGUCAAUCAGUCAGAGCAAUAGCCAUGGGAAUUACGUGGAGAUUGAUGCAAUCGAUCAAAUACGUCUCCAUGAGUAUCAGCAGCAGCAGAGCGCCAGUCAGCAAUUUCAGUCAGUUCCCAACUUUUCGCGUGCUUUCUCCCUCAAUCAGGCGCACGGGCACACCUUUGAGGGACAGCAGCAGCAGCAGGAGGCAGCUGCGAGGGCACUGAGUAACCCCGCGAGGCCCUACAAUGCUGACGGAUCGCCCAUUUAUGAGAAUCAUCCGCAGCAUUCGGUCAAUCAGGGGGUGGUACGUUCGGAAUCACCAAUUUACAGCAACACCACAUCGAGCUUAUCUGUGUACUACCAAGAUCAGAACAAUCCCCCCGUGCCGGCGCUCUAUCCACCACACGUACGCUACGGCACGAAGCCCACGCAUCAGUCAAUCUACUCAAAUAUCCCCCCAAAUUCCCUCAGUUACUACGGCUCAAGUAUGGCUGUCAUGUCCACGGAUAAUCCCAUCUAUUCCAACAUCCGUGCAAUCGAUGUCACCAGUGGGAUGACCUACGGGGAGCAAUUGCUGCACAAUAAGAGGCACAACAUCCUCACACAAGUUUCUUCGCAACAAACCCUCGAGGAUGAGCUUCCACUGCCUCCAGGGUGGUCUGUGCACAACACACUGCGUGGCAGGAAGUACUACUUUGAUCACAAUGCACAAACAACGCACUGGUCGCAUCCCCUUGAGCGGGAGGGCCUCCCAAUUGGAUGGCAACGAAUUGAGUCGCCACAGUAUGGCAUCUACUACGUCAAUCACAUCACACGACAGGCUCAGUACAAUCAUCCCUGUCUCACGUCGUGCUAUCUCUACACAACCGCCACAGAGGCCCCGCGAGCUGUAAUCCCCGAACCACAGCUGGCAACGCACGUAACCACCCACAGUGCCCUUGUUCCUGCUAAUCCCUACCUCCUGGAGGAAAUCCCCCCCUGGCUGAUGGUCUACAUGCGUGCCGACCCAGCAACGGAUCACAAACUCAAAUGGGACAUGUUCCCCCUCAAUAAACUCGAGUGCUUCGACGGCAUGCUGAAUCGCCUCUACAAGCAGGAGCUGCAAAAUAUUGUGGUUCGCUACGAGAAGUACCGUCAAGCACUCGAUAUGGAGAUUAAUCGACGAUUGUGCCUUCCCUAGCGCAUGUGAUUUCCACUCUCUACUACACUCUUCUCGUCUUUUGCUUCUCCUUUGCAGAGGAUUCAAUAUUUUAUUGCAAUAAUGUGUUAGGAAAUUUUGUGAUAUCCAUCUCUUAAUUACUUUUUACAAAGGCAAAACCAAGAAGUUCCUUCGCACUUUGAACAUCAUGCAAAAUCAUCCACAAAGCACAAGAAAUUGUCUAUGUGUAGCCCAAAACAUAUAGCCUCUGUUGUAUCGCUUAUUUUAUUAAAAUUAAACAAAUUAUUAUUAAUUAAAUGUGACAAUAUUUUAGGAGAUGAAACAAAAAAUACGCUCAAGAAUAAAAUGUAUUUUAAAUAUAAAAAAAA